AAAAUAAACAUCCGAUUAGUAGUUGGCAAAAUGUUCGCACUAGCACUCCUAAUUUUAAUAACAACAAUCGCGUACUACUUCCUCAAAGUGAACAACCAGUACUGGGAGAAAAAAGGAGUGAAGGGUCCAAAACCCACGAUUUUCGUGGGAAAUGUAGCCAAAAGCGUGACUUUGCAGGAACAAGUGGGUACCAUCUACACCAGAAUUUACAAUCAGUACCGCGACGAAGAAUGCGUGGGACUAUACAGGGGUACCACCCCGGUACUACUCCUCCGAGACCCCGACCUGAUCAAAGAAGUGGUGGCCAAAUCUUUCAAUUACUUCCACGACAACGACUUCCACGUCAAUAAAGAUAACGACCCGAUUAUCGGACGAAAUCCCUUCAUGCUAAAAGGCGAAGAAUGGAAGAUUGUGAGAGCCCAGUUGACUCCAGGUUUCACGAGCGGAAAGAUGAAGUGGAUGUACCCUCUCCUAGAAGACAUCAGUACUAACCUGGUGAAAUUCAUCCAAAACCACCCCGAAACCACCAACGGCGAAGGCUACGAAGCCAAGGAGUUGAGUGUGAAAUUCACUUUGAACAACGUCGCUAGUUGUGCCUUCGGAAUCGAAGGCAAAUGCUUCGAAGAGGAAGAAAGCGAGUUUAGAAAAAUCUCGCGCGAGUUUUUCUCACCAGAUGGCUGGACCAACUUUGGUUUCUUCCUCAUGACUUUACUCCCCUCGAUUUCCAAAGUACUGCCUCUGCGACUUGUGACCAAGAAAGUCGAACACAAACUCUUGAAAAUGGUCACCGAAACGUUGAAGUACCGUGAAGAGAAUAGCAUCAUCCGCAACGAUUUCCUCCACGUGAUGAUCCAGUCGAAGAAGACUUGUAAAGAAUACGAGUUUACGGAUUUGGAUGUGACGGCUCAAGCCGCUGGGUUCUUCGGGGACGGUUCUGAAACCAGUUCUGUGGUGAUGAGUUUCACCUUGUACGAACUCGCGGCGAAUUUAGAUGUUCAGAACAAACUCCGGGAGGAAAUUAAUGCCGCUUUUGAUAACAACAGUCGAACUUUAAGUUAUGAAGUUCUUCAAGGUUUGGAGUACCUGGAUGCCGCUAUCAACGAGGCCUUGCGUCUGCACCCACCGAUAUCCUCAUUGCAAAAGGUCUGCACUCAAGACUUCAAGUACGUACCGAAGAACGGCAACAAAACCUUCACCAUAGAGAAAGGUACUCCGAUUAUUCUACCAGUUUUGGGGAUGCAGCGCGACCCAAAGUACUACGAGGACCCUGAUUCCUUCAAACCAGAAAGGUUCCUCGAGGUCAAUAGGAACAAUUUAAACAAGUAUACGUUUUUGGCGUUCGGAGAAGGACCAAGAGCUUGUUUAGGUAAACGAUUCGGAGUCCUACAGGUCAAGGUCGGCGUUGCACACAUAAUCCGCAAUUUCGAGUUAUCAGUGAACCAGAAGACCCAGCGUCCCAUUAGAUACAUGAACGCGGCCCUCACUCUAGCCGAAGGAGGGUUGUGGUUGGAUUUCAAGAAAAUUUACGACCUUGGUCCUCAUUCGUCGCUUCUUCGUCGAGAGUACCAAACGACAAUGUUGUUCGUAAUUUUGAUAAUUUUAACGACCAUUACGUACUAUUUGAUCAAACUUAAUUAUCAAUAUUGGGAGAAGAGGAAGGUACCGGGACCUAAACCCUCUUUUCUGGUUGGUAAUUUAGGGAAAGUCUUCACUCUGAGGAUGUCCGCUGGAGACACUUACACGAAAAUCUACAAUGACUACCCCGAUGAAGAAAUGGUCGGGAUAUAUAGAGGUACCAGUCCGGUUUUGUUGCUACGGGACCCAGAACUCAUCAAAGAAGUCACCACGAAAUCUUUUAGUAGCUUCCACGACAACGACGUCGACAUAUUGAAGGAAAACGACCCUAUUUUUGGAAGAAAUCCUUUUGCGUUGAAGGGUGAAGAGUGGAAAGUGGUACGAGGUCAGCUAACACCCGGGUUUACGAGCGGCAAGAUGAAGUGGCUUUUUCCAUUGAUGGAGGAAGUCUGUACAGAGUUGGUAAAAUUCAUCGACCAACACCCGGACACCACCAACGGUAAAGGCUUCGAAGCCAAAGAACUAAGCAUGAGGUACACCCUCAACAACGUCGCUAGUUGUGCCUUCGGCCUCCAAGGCAAGUGUUUCGAGAAAGAAAAUAGUACCUUCAGACAACUCGCACGCGAAUUUUUCUCCACGGAUAGUUGGAGCGUGCUCUGGUUCUUCAUAAUGAUGGUUUAUCCACCUAUUUCGAGGAUACUGUCUAUGAGAUUCGUUUCAAAACCCCUGGAGGAAAAACUCAUGAGAUUAGUAUGCGACACUUUGAAGUACCGUGAACAGAAUAAUAUAGUCCGGAACGACUUUCUCCACAUUAUGGCUCAACUGAAGAAGACUUGCAAAGAGUACGACUUUACCAAUGAAGAUGUGACGGCUCAUGCCGCUGGGUUUUUCGGGGACGGCUAUGAAACUAGUAGUAUCGUAAUGAGUUUUACUCUUUUUGAGUUGGCGGCGAACCCCGAGUGUCAGAGUAGGUUACGAGAAGAGCUGGAGGCGAGUUUCGAAAAUGACAAGAUUUCGUACGAAGCGUUGACGUCUUUGGCGUACCUGGAGGCUGCGAUUUGUGAGGGGUUGAGGUUACAUCCAGCGCUCUUCUUCUUGCAAAAGAGGUGUACCAAGGACUUUAGUUACAAACAUUUGGUGAUAGAGAAAGGUACUGCGGUUAUUUUGCCGGUGUAUGGGUUGCAUACCGAUGGAAAGUACUACGAAAAACCGGCCGUUUUUAAACCGGAAAGGUUUCUGCCUGGUAGUAGGGAGAAUCUGACGAAGUACACGUUUUUGCCGUUCGGGGAAGGACCAAGGGCUUGCUUGGGACAGAAGUUUGGGAUGCUACAGGUUAAGGCAGGAAUUGCCUACAUUAUACGGAAUUACGAGAUUUCGGUCAAUGGGAAGACGCAGUUGCCUUUGAAAUAUUCAAUAACCAAUGCCAUGACAGCUCCGGUUGGGGGAUUGUGGCUUGACUUUAAAAAAAUCAAGUAGAAGUGUUGCAUAUUUUUUACAAGAUUAGUGGUUUGAAUGUGACACUCAAAUACAAAACUAAGUUAACAAAAUUACAAGAUUCCAGCUAUAAUUUUAUGUAAACAUAGAGGAACAUUAUACCUUGAAACGA